AUUAAUUACUCCUCUUUCUUUUAUUCUCUUUUACUGCUAAAGAAGGAUGGGUGAGACUGAGAACACAAGCGCAGAGAGGCACCAGGUUUUUGAUGUCUCCAUUGGCAUGCAUCAACAAGGAAGCUCCAAGUGGUUUGAUGAUGAUGGCCGUCAAAAGCGAGCUGGAACCGUAUGGACUGCAAGUGCUCACAUCAUAACAGCUGUUAUUGGGUCUGGUGUUCUUUCCUUGGCUUGGGCUAUAGCUCAGCUUGGAUGGAUUGCUGGGCCAGCUUUCAUGUUCUUGUUUUCUAUAGUCACUUGCUAUACUUCUUCUCUGCUCUCUGUCUGCUACCGCUCUGGUGAUCCUAUAACUGGCAAGAGGAACUACACCUACAUGGAUGCUGUUCGGUCCAAUCUUGGUGGUGUGAAGGUCAAGAUAUGUGGAUUUGUUCAGUACCUGAAUCUUUUUGGAGUUGCCGUUGGCUACACAAUUGCAUCGUCUAUAAGCAUGAUGGCAAUAAAGAGGUCUAAUUGUUUCCACCAGAGUGGGGGAAAAGAUCCAUGCCGCAUGAAUGCCAAUCCAUACAUGAUAGGGUUUGGCAUAGCUGAGAUACUUUUGUCUCAAAUUCCUGGAUUUGAUCAGUUACAAUGGCUCUCUCUUGUCGCUGCGGUCAUGUCCUUCACUUAUUCAUCAAUUGGUCUAGGUCUCGGCAUUGGUAAAGUUAUAGAAAAUGGGAAAAUCAGUGGAAGUCUAACUGGAAUAGGCAUUGGCACAGUGACUCCAACCCAAAAAGUAUGGAGGAGCUUCCAAGCACUUGGUGACAUUGCUUUUGCCUAUUCUUACUCCAUGAUCCUCAUUGAAAUUCAGGACACCGUCAAAUCCCCACCAUCAGAAGCCAAGACGAUAAGGAAGGCAACUCUAUUAAGUGUUGCAGUCACAACCCUUUUCUACAUGUUCUGUGGCUGCUUUGGCUAUGCUGCUUUUGGAGACAUGUCCCCUGGAAAUCUCCUUACUGGGUUCGGCUUUUAUAACCCAUAUUGGUUGCUUGAUAUUGCCAAUGCUGCCAUAGUAAUUCACCUUGUUGGCGCAUACCAGGUCUUCUGCCAACCUCUCUUUGCUUUCGUCGAAAAAGAAGCAGUUGCAAGGUUUCCAGAUAGUGAAAUCAUUACGAAAGACAUAAAAGUCGCAGUUCCUGGUUUCCGCCCCUUCAAUAUCAACCUCUUUAGAAUGAUUUGGAGGACCCUCUUUGUGAUCUUUACCACUGUGAUUUCAAUGCUACUUCCCUUCUUUAAUGACAUAGUCGGUCUACUCGGAGCUUUGGGAUUUUGGCCACUGACUGUUUACUUCCCCGUCGAGAUGUAUAUUGCCCAAAGGAGGAUACCAAAGUGGAGCACAAGAUGGCUUGGUCUGCAAGUCCUGAGUAUUGCUUGCCUCAUUAUUACUAUAGCCGCUGCUGCUGGCUCUAUUGCGGGAGUUGUUGUUGAUCUCAAGUCGAUCAAACCCUUCCAGACCAGUUACUAAAUCGGUAGAAUUUCAGCAGUCAAUAAAGGGGAAUAAUUAGUAGAAGAAAAGUUAAGAUUAUAUGGCGGGCAAAACCUCGAAGUGGGAUUUAAACCUGUGUAUCUCUAAGAUAUACAUGUUAAACCUGUUUCUCUAUGGGCGGCAACCUGUGUGUCUUGAAAAUGAUGUCUCAUAGGUGACAUAGAUUGAACAUGUGUCAUUUUAAAUUAUGUUAUUUUUGUAAAUUAGUUUAGGGUGGUGAUAUUUUACCGGAUAUUUUUUUUAAUGCUGUACUAUUUUUCAAAAAAUAAAAUAAAAAUAAUAGAUUAGCUUAAUUACCAAACAAA